GCUUGAGGGCGAGUGAGACACACACACUGGUAGAAUAAAGACAGAAGGAGACACAGACAGGAUCUGGACAGAGGAGGGUGUGAGACAGCAUCAUCAUCAUCAUCAUCUUCAUCAGCGCGUGAGGACACUGUGACUGUCAUUGGUUUCCUGCAGCGGCGUCUAAAGCUCCAGCAUCACCCGCCUGAAUGAAGAUGUCGCUGCUGAACUGAAAGUGAUUGUCUCCUGUCUGUAGCUGGUCAGAUUGUUCACGUUUCAACUUCUCUCUUCCAUCCGGUGUGUGCGCUGUCAUCAUGACUAAAUCAUACCAGUUUAACUGGCAGAAACACGUGCCUGAGUUCCUGCAGGAGGGAGCUGCGUUUGACCGGUUUGAUGAGGAUCCGUUCGUGUUUGAACCCAGCUGCCAUUUCAAAGUCGACGAGUUCGGCUUCUUUCUCACGUGGAAAAGUGACGGAAAAGAAGGACAAGUUCUGGAAUGUUCUCUGAUCAACAGCGUUCGUGCUGGAGUCGGGUCGAAGGACUCAAAGAUCGUGGCGUCGCUGGAGGCCGCGGGGAAGAAUGAAACCGAUCUGGAUGGUCGCAUCAUCUGCGUGUGCAGCGGACCGGAUCUGGUCAACCUCAGCUUCAUGUACAUGGUGACCGACAACUCCGACACCGCCAAGAAAUGGAUGGAGGGGCUGAAAUCAGUGAUUCACAACUUCAAGGCGAAUAAUGUUUGUCCAAUGACGUGUCUGAAGAAACACUGGAUGAGAUUGUCGUUCCUCACCAACAUCAAUGGGAAAAUCCCUGUGAGAGGGAUAACACGGACGUUCGGCUCUGGGAAAACCGAGAAGGGAAUCUUUCAGGCGCUAAAGGAGCUCGGGCUGCCCAGCGGGAAGAAUGAUGAAAUUGAACAUUCAGCGUUCACGUUUGAUAUAUUCUACUCGCUGACGUAGAAAAUCUGCCCUCGUACGGACAUAGAAGAGCUUUUCAAACAGAUCAGCGGAGAUAAAAGUGAUUAUUUAACCAUAGAGCAGUUAGUCAGCUUUCUGAAUGAAAAUCAGCGAGAUCCUCGACUCAAUGAAAUUCUCUUUCCGUUUUACGAAGCCAAACGAGUCACGCAGAUCAUCGAGAAGUACGAGAGAGAUGCCGACCUGAAGAAGAAAGGUCACAUGUCCUGCGACGGAUUCUGUCGGUAUCUGAUGUCAGAUGAGAAUGCGCCGGUGUUUCUGGACCGUUUGGAUCUGUGUCAGGAGAUGGAUCAACCGCUGGCUCAUUACUUCAUCAGCUCCAGUCACAACACAUAUCUGACCGGACGACAGUUUGGUGGGAAGUCUUCCGUGGAGAUGUACAGACAGGUGCUGCUCUCUGGCUGCAGGUGUAUUGAGUUGGACUGUUGGGAUGGUAAAAGUGAAGAUCAGGAGCCGAUCAUAACUCACGGGAAAGCCAUGUGCACCGACAUCCUGUUCAAGGACGUAAUUCAAGCUAUAAAGGAAACCGCAUUUGCAACGUCUGAUUAUCCUGUUAUUCUCUCAUUUGAGAAUCACUGCAGUAAACUGCAGCAGUAUAAGAUGGCGAAAUACAGCGAGGAGAUUUUUGGUGAUCUGUUACUGAAGCACCCGUUGGAGGGAUUUCCAAUUGAAGCCGGACAGCCGUUACCGUCACCAAACGACCUCAAACGGAAAAUACUCAUCAAAAACAAACGAUUAAAACCUGAAGUGGAACAGAAGCAGUUGGAGUCGUUUAAGAAGCACAUGGAAUCUGGUGAGAUGAGCAUACAGACCGGAGAAGAUGAGAAUGAUGAAGAUUUAGACAGCGCGGUGGACAGUAAAGAUCUGAACUCUGACCUGAAGAACAUCAACAGUCUGUCUGUGUCAGAAGAUCUCAGUGAAGCCGAUCACCAGGACAACAGCAUCAGGAAGAAGAUCACAGAUGAUGAUGUCACAGAUAUUUCAGAAGUGACGGAGAUUACAGACGCAACGGACAUCUCUGAAGCUUCUGACCUGGACAAUAAAAAGAAGGGUGUAGAAUCGGCUGAAGACGCAGACGCUGAGCAGCAGUUAAUCGCCUCGUACAAGUAUGAAGGAGCGACGACCAACAUUCACCCGUAUCUGUCGGCGAUGGUGAACUACGCUCAACCUGUCAAGUUCCAGAGCUUUGAAGUGGCAGAAGAGAGAAACAUUCAUCACAACAUGUCGUCCUUUAACGAGUCUGUUGGUUUGGGAUAUCUGAAGACAAACGCCAUCGAGUUUGUCAACUACAACAAGCGGCAGAUGAGCCGGAUCUACCCUAAAGGCGGCCGCGUGGACUCCAGUAAUUACAUGCCACAGAUCUUCUGGAACGCCGGAUGCCAGAUGGUGUCGCUAAACUUCCAGACUCCAGAUUUGGGCGUGCAGCUGAAUCAGGGAAAGUUUGAGUAUAACGGCGCGUGCGGGUAUCUGCUGAAGCCAGACUUCAUGCGGCGUGCCGAUCGGAUGUUUGAUCCGUUCUCAGAGACGCCGGUGGAUGGAGUGAUCGCUGCCACCUGCAGCGUACAGGUGUUCUCAGGUCAGUUUUUAUCGGAUAAGAAGAUCGGCACGUAUGUGGAGGUGGACAUGUAUGGUCUUCCCACAGACACCAUCAGGAAAGAGUUCAAGACUCGUAUGGUGAUGAAUAAUGGACUGAAUCCGUAUUAUAACGAGGAGCCGUUCGUCUUCAGGAAGGUGAUUUUGCCCGAUCUGGCCGUGUUGCGUAUCGCGGUAUAUGAUGAUAAUAAUAAGCUGAUCGGUCAGAGGAUCCUGCCGUUGGACGGUCUGCAGGCGGGUUACAGACACAUCUCACUGCGCAACGAAGGAAACAAACCGCUCUCGCUGCCUACCGUCUUCUGUAACAUCGUACUCAAGACUUACGUACCUGACGGCUUCGGCGCUAUUGUUGACGCUCUUUCCGAUCCAAAGAAAUUCCUAACCAUCGCUGAGAAACGUGCUGACCAAAUGCGAGCGCUGGGGAUUGAAACGAGUGACAUCGCAGACGUCCCCAACGAAAGCUCGAAGAGUGACAAGAAAGGCAAAAUCAACCAGGUGAAAACAAACGUGACGCCGCAGAUGAGCUCCGAGAUGAAUUCAACCACGAACAACAUCGGCGAGACCAAACGUGAUCAUUCUGCAGUUGUGAAUCAAGUAAACAUUGAAGAUUUGAAACAAAUGAAGGUAAUAUUACGUUCAGUGAAACUGAUGAAGAAACAGCAGAAGGAACUGAACACGUUAAAGAAACGACACGCUAAGGAACACAACGCCAUGCAGAAGUCUCACUGCACUCAGGUGGAUAAAAUGAUCGCACAACACGACAAGGAGAAAUUCACACUGGAGAAACUUCUAGAGAAAGCCAUCAAGAAGAAAGGAGAAAAUAACUGUUCUGAGUUAAAGAAGGAAAUGGUGAUAAAAGUGGAAACACUGACGACAGAUCAUAAAGAGAAGGUGAAGGACAUCGUAGCGCAGCACACUAAAGAGUGGUCAGAGAUGAUCAACACGCACACUACAGAGGAACAGGAAAUGAAGGACGGUCAUGUGACUCAACAGUGUGACGUCCUGCGCAAGCUGCUGGCCAGCGUUCAGGAACAACAGACGCUUCAACUGAAAGUCGUGCAUGAACGGCAAAGCAAAGAAAUGAAGGCGAAUCAGGCGAAGUCAUCGAUGGAGAACAGCAAAGCCAUCAGUCAAGACAAGACCAUCAAAAAUAAAGCCGAGCGCGAGAGGAGAGUUCGCGAGCUGAACAGCAGUAACACUAAAAAGUUUCUUGAAGAGAGAAAAAGGUUGGCGAUGAAACAGGCGAAAGAGAUGGAGCAGCUACAGAAAAACCAGCGAGAACAGCUGGAGAAACUGGAGAAAUGUAACGAGCAGCUUUUGAAAUCACACCAUGCAAAGUGUCCGACUCAAGGCCAAGGACAUGCAGAAGAUGGUGAAGCUGGAGGAGGAGAUGGACCGCAGACCAGCCACGGUGGUGUAACGCCUUCACCUGUCACCUGACACGAGAGAAAGAGCGAACGCCACCUCGCCAACACAACCAAACGAAACCCCCAUAAAUCCACAUCACUGCACUCAACGUGUCUGUCACACUCCUCACCCCUGCAGUCUGUAUGUCUGUAACCCCGCCCCCUCAGCUCUAGCCCCGCCCACCACUGCAGCUGUGCCCAGCCAAUCCCAGCCGUAGCUCUGCCCACUCUGCUGUAAACGAGCUUUGAACACCCCCCGGAUUUCUAUGAAGCACAGCCGCCGUCACGUCCCCUACAUAGUGAGCACAUCAGCGUGUCUAGCGCUCAGAAGUCUGUCAACUUCUCUCAACUGAACGUGUCCGGAGCACUUUAUAUGUGUAGAGACGAUCUUUGAAUAUGUAGCGGAGCGCUAGCUUAUCUCUGUACAGGACGAAUGUAGAGCGAGUGUGAAUGAAACCAAACGUCAUCGCCGAUGUCCUUCUCAAGCAGUCGCUUUUAUCAUCUGUUCACUUGUUUUUAAGAUAGAUGCGCAUCAUGCGUUUGUAUUUUAGAAGUGGAACUUUUUAAAACGCUGAACGGCCCUCCGUCAGGGUCAUUCAAUCACAGCGCUGCACUGGACCUGUUUGAAGACAGUUGGUGUGUUAGUGCAUGAGGAGUAUUGAGCGGGACAGGUGCAGGAAGUAGCGAAGCGUCACACCUGUGUCCUUCAGGUCCUGUACUGUACGGUGCUAUAAACAAAGACCUUGUGCAGCUGGACACGUCAACAUGUCUCACACUGAACUUCUGUUGCAUUUUGGGUUUUAUUCCUUUUAUUUUUUAGAAGUAAGCUAUUGGUACUUGUUAAAAGAAAGAGUUUAUUGUAUAUUCUGGGUUAAAUGUGCUCAUAUUGACCGAACGUUUGAGGGUUUUGGGAUCAUAUGUAUAUUGUGUUUUUGCUUCUUUACGUUCAUGUUUUCAAGUGUUUGCUGGUGAUCACAUGACUAGCGGAAACUCCAUCAGCUACAAACGUGCCACAAUAUGAUCGGACAUCACAUUAUUAUACUAAUGCCAACAUAAGGGUUAUUUAUAUACAGAUACAUGUAUAAAUAUAGAAAAGUAUAUGAUUAAAUACGGCGAAUACUUUAAGACUGCGUUUUGUUUCUUAGACGCUUUUUGCACUAGCUGAAUGUUUUCUGUCUGCGGAUUCUUUUUGCAGAACUGUCGCUCUGAAUCUCAUGUUUCUGUCUGUCUGCUGUAGUCUGUAGCUUAAUGCAUCACGCUGAGUGCUUUUGUAUUUAUAUCGUAUUUGUCAAACUUCAAGCAAUGAAACACUAAAACAAAAGAAAUCCUGUUGUUAUCUGCUACUUUAAUACUGUUUUAUAGUAUGUGUACCAAUAAACGAUCCCAGGUGUUAAAAUGAAAAUCAUUUAUUGUGUCAAGAAUCUCUUAAAAUCGAGAGAUGAUGUGACGUUUGAGUUUUAUGCUGAAUUCAUAUUUUUGCAUUGCACAAAUUUAAAGGUACAGUACACGAUUACAUCCCUGCGUUAAUCUAAAUGUAACUAUGCUGCACAAGAGGACUCACUCACUUAUAUUGUCCCAUUCAUGUUUUAUUCAAAUGUCAUAAGUGUUGUGCACCAUGAACCAAACCAAUCAGCUCCGAGGGGAAUCACAACAUCACACGCUUUGAUUUGAAGUGAAAUAAAUAUAUAACUAUUUGAAAACUGUCUUUAAUGAGGUUAUAAACGACCAUCCCAUGAAGCAUUGCCAAUGACAUCAUCUAAUAUAUAACAAUAA